ACCCCAGAGGUGACAUUUGAUGAGUGCGAUAUGGAUGAGGGGUGUACGCAACACAAAGACUACUUUCUUGUCUCUCGUGACAACCUGCUGACACUCCUGAACACGUGCCGCACUUGCUUCUCUACGUCCUGCACAGUGAGCCUCUCCUGUUCUGGGACACGCAUCACUGCUAAGACUGAAUGCCCAAGGGGACAUGAGCACAUGUGGGCGAGCCAGCCACUAGUAGGAAUGAAGCCCAAAGGCAAUGUCGACUUGUCGGCUGCAAUACUCUUCUCCGGUUCAAGUGUUGCUGGAACACUCAGAAUGAUGAGGUUGAUGGGUGUUCAAGUCAUCAGUGAUCAAACAUUCUUCAGUUACCAGAAAGCAUAUCUUUUUCCAGCUGUCACUGCAGUCUGGGAUGAGCACCAGAAAGGACUUCUGGCAGCAGCUGGUGACAGCAGCUUGGAGCUCUGCGGGGACGGGCGCUGUGACUCACCAGGCCACAGUGCCAAGUUCUUGACAUACUCGUUCUUGUGUCCUGGCACGGGAAAGAUAAUACACACUGAGCAAAUUCAAGUCAAAGAAAGUGCCCAAAUUCAGGCGAGCUCACAAAUGGAGAAAGAGGGCCUCAUCAGAGGUCUUCAAUUUCUCUGUGACCAGGGCAUCUCCAUAAGGUCCCUGACAACAGACCGCCAUACAGCAAUAAAGAAAUACAUGAGGCUGCAUUGCCCGGCCACCAAACACCAAUUUGACGUCUGGCACGUUGCAAAAGGCAUCAGAAGAAAAUUGACAGCUGCUUCACGGAAGGCCAGAUGCAGGGAGCUGUUGAGCUGGAUACAACCCAUUGUGAACCAUCUGUACUGGUGCGCAUGUGCUUGCGGAGGAAAUGGAGAUUUACUAGUGGCGACAUGGACAAGCCUCCUAAACCACAUAGCUGACAUUCAUGAUGGUCAUGGCAACCUCUAUCCCCGCUGCCUCCAUGGACCAUCCAGCAGAGUGUCAUGGCUCAAAAUUGACUCUCCAGCGCACAAACAAGUCAGAGCCAUUGUCAUGGCCCCAGUGCUUCUCAAAGACAUCCGACAGCUCUCGCCAGACACGCAGACAUACAGCCUGGAAUCUUUCCAUAGUGUCCUGAACGGCUAUGCUCCUAAGUCUACCGCAUACACAUAUGAGGGAAUGAAGGCUCGAACACUGAUUGCUGCCCUCCAUUUCAAUGAAAAUGCCAACAAAGAGCAAGCAACAACAAAGGAUGGAACACAGCAAUGGCACAACAAGACAUCCAAGGCCAGACAUAGCAUGAUGACUGUGUGUCCACUCAAGAUGGCUGCUACAUUUGAUUAUGUGCAAGAUCUACAAAACAAGGUGACCGAGCUUUGCAUCGAGCACCCGUCAUUUCCAGAAGCACUAGCCCAGGCACCAGAAAAAAUUGCACCAGCAUUUGUGCCACAGAACGAACCUAGGCCCUCCAAAACUGAGCUCAUAGCGGCACACAAGGCACGGUUUUUGAAGUUUUGAUACAUGUAGAGCAGACAAGCAACUGGUGGAGUUAUCAAAAACCAAUUGUUCGAAGGCUACACCAGUAAAUUGGAAAAGCAAAGACACAAACUUCAUGCUCGAAAUGGUUUGUGCUGUACUGAAGCGUGGGAAAGAACAAACCAAGUCGCAUAGAUUGUCUCUGCAACUGAUGCUGCGUGCGUGCAAGGACACCAUAAGGUUUCUACCGACUGGCACGGCUGAUGACUAGCUCAAGAACAUCAUAAGUCAAGCAGAAGACACUUGCUGACAUGCACAUCAUGCUGGGAAAGCUUUGUGCUACACUAAAGUGUAGGAGUGAGGGAGCAAAGUGGCAUAGGUUGUCACUACAACUGAUGCGGCAUGGCCACAAAAGUACCAUAAGGCUGUUUCUGGGUUUAACAGAUAAUGACAAGUUUGACAUCUUAAAUCAUGGACAAGACACUUGGUGACAUGUGCAUCAUGUGGGAGGUGUAACAGGCUGACAAAUAAAUGCAAUACUGACCCUUGUAGGUACGCAUUCAACUGGAAACAGUGUUUCACGUUCAGCGUGCCAACAUUCAAAAGAAAAAACUAAAGUGCAUUGCAAGUGGCUCUCCUGCUGCUGCUUGCAAUUGUAUGGCUGACUGUGAUCAUCAAAUUUUAUUCACACAAGCUUUGGGAAGAACCUCAGAGAAAAAGCUACAGUCAGUAGCUUGACUAGGUCUGGGGUCCCUGGUGAUGACAUGGGAGGCAGGAAAUAAAACAUGAGCAAAAUGGAAUGGACACACAAGUGGAACAUCGCAUUACGUAGUGUUUCCAUGCACAUACGCACUAAAGAAACUAUGAACAGAACUGUACAUCAGGAACCAUAUCAUAAAGACCAAUUACAGAUGGUUGUUAAAUAUUUGACGUGGCAGGUAAACAUAUUCAAAAAGCAGAGAACAUGUCCUGGCCCAGCUAAAAAAUUAAUCGCUCAA